UUAAUAUUAUUAUUAUUUAUUUUAGGUUCAAGAGAAAACACAGAUGAUGUGAGGAUUGUGCUGCUGGGAAAAACUGGAGUUGGAAAGAGUGCGACAGCAAACACAAUCUUAGGAAGAGAAGCAUUUAAAUCAGAAACAUCUUUUGAAUCAGUGACCAGUGAUUGUCAGAGUGAAACAGCAGAAAUCAACGGCAGACACAUCACUGUGAUUGACACUCCUGGACUGUUUGAUACUGAACUCAGUAAAGAGAUCCAGAGAGAAAUCACUAACUGCAUCUCAAUGAUACUGCCAGGACCUCAUGUGUUUCUCUUAGUGAUACCACUGGGACGUUUCACUCAAGAAGAUACAGAAUCAGUGAAGAUCAUUCAAGAGAUGUUUGGAGAAAACUCUUUAAUGUACACAAUGAUACUCUUCACCAGAGGAGAUUAUCUGAAGAAUAAAACCAUUGAAGAGUGUUUGGGGAAACCAGGAUCUGUGAUUAGAAACCUGAUUGAACAAUGUGGAAACAGAUUCCAUGUGUUCAAUAAUAAUGAGACUAGAGAUCACACACAGGUUUCUGAUCUACUGGAGAAAAUAGACGUCAUGGUGACAGGAAACGGAGACAGUUACUACUCAUGUAAGAUGUUCAGACAGAUGGAGAGAGAACGACAAGAAAAACAAAUGAACAUAAUGAUGGAGAGAGUCGAGACACUGAACAGAGAGAGAGAAGAACUCUUGACCAAACAUGAAGAAGAGAAAGAGAGAAUGAAGAAGAUGAUGGAGGAAGAGAGACAAGAGAUGAAAGAUGAGAUGAGAAGAGAACGAGAGGAGAAACUGAAGAGAGAAGAAGAGUUUAAUGAAAGAGAAGAACGAUAUAAAAGAGAAAUAAAAGAGAAAGAAGAGCGUGAGAGAGAGAUGAAAGAUGAGAUGAGAAGAGAACGAGAGGAAUGGGAGAAACAGAAACUGAAGAGAGAAGAAGAGUUUAAUGAAAGAGAAGAACGAUAUAAAAGAGAAAUAAAAGAGAAAGAAGAA